GCAGCGCUUCUUGCGAAAGAUGCGUUCAGCAGACGAGCGAUUUAUUUCAGGAACAGAAUGACAACAGCUGUGACGACGGCGGCGCAGGAUAGAGCGGGCUUCUGGAAGACGCGCUACACGAUGCUGCUGCUGAACACUCUCGGCCUGGCCAUCUGCAACACGACGCGCGUCAACAUUUCCGUAGCCAUCGUCGACAUGGUGAACGGGACGGCGCUGCGGGAGAGAGGGGCCGUCGACGGUGGCGCCGUCUUCCACGACCCGGACGCCUGUCCAGGAGAGCAGGUGCUCGAGGGCCCCAGCGGACGCAAAGAUGGGGAAUUCAUCUGGGACACGCAGAUGCAAGGAGAGAUCCUGGCCGGCUUCUACUACGGAUACACGCUUGGUCACAUUCCAGGCGGUGUGCUCGCUGACCGUUUCGGUGGUAAGGUCGUCUUGCUAUUCAGCGUUCUUGUCUCAUCUCUGCUGGCGAUUCUGACACCACUGUCUGCUUGGGCUGGCUACUACGCGCUGUUUAUUAACAGAUUCUGCCAGGGACUCGCUCAGGGUGGCACAAUACCAGCUAUUCAGACGACUGUUUGCACGUGGGCACCUGACCACGAAAGGAGCCUAUUUUCCCUUAUUUUCCUAGGGAUGUUUAUUGGAAACUUGGUGUCCAUGGCGGUGACGGGCGCCCUUUGCGAGACUGUGAUUGGCUGGCCGCUUUCCUUUUACGUUUUUGGAGGCGUUGGGAUUCUAUGGAGUGUGUCUUGGUUCCUGCAGGCUGCAGAUUCGCCGGCACAGCACCCGUACAUCGACCCAGUCGAACGCAGCUACAUCGAAGCUACGAUAAAGUCAGCUGCCAAGAAGAAUCUUCCCGUGCCAUGGAAGAGCAUUAUAAAAACGCCAGCCAUUUGGGCUCUCGUUGCUAUCAUGAUCACCUUCGACUGGAGCUUCUAUUUGCUGGUCACGCUGCCGCUAUACCUCGGCCAAGUCUUGCAUUAUGAUAUCCGAAGUAAUGGAAUCAUAUCAGCCGUUCCCCACAUGACUGGUGCAGCUGGAAGUGUGGCGUUUGUGUGGUUUACCAACUUCCUGCUCCGAAAGGAAUUUGUAUCCAAGAUCUGGACCUUCCGCAUAAUAAAUGCGCUAGGUACCCUGGUGCCCGCAGUGGCGCUGGUUGUGGUGGCGCUGGUGGGCUGUGACAGCGCAGCCAUCAUCGCGAUGCUGGCCAUCAGCGGCUUCUGCACAGCCACCGACUGCACGGGCUCCUACCUCAACAUGCAGAUAAUCGCGCCCAACUACGCGGGCACCAUCGUCGGCAUCGUCAAUAUGUUCGCAAACCUGACGGGCAUCGCAGUCCCUUACGUCGUCGGUGCCUUCACCAACGACAACCCAACGCGCGCGGCUUGGAACACGGUCUUCUACCUGUCGGCUGCGGUUGCCACCGUGUCGUACGUCGUUUACGCUGUGUUCACUACCACUGAGGAGCAGCCCUGGAACGUGCCAGCCUCAGAAAGAGCACAGAAAGCAAACGUCAAUGAGGGCAUCGAGAACACAGCAUUUGACGAAGGUGUAACGCAAAUAGCGGACAGACAAACGACGCAAAAAGGUCACUGGAAAGCCAUCGUACCUUAGGCUGCGUUAACCGGUCACCGAAACUCUACGCACCAAUGUGGUCGACGCAGCUAUGCUACAUCGUCGUUGUUGCAGACAACACGAACUCUGUGGUCGUCAAUAAUGGAAAGAAAAUGCGUACAACAGCCGGUAUACCGAGGGUCCCUUUCUGAGCACCAUGCAAUCACCUUGGCCAGGACAGCUGCAAUUACUAUCAAGGCGAGCCAUAACAACUAUUCUCGUCCUCAACAAGGAACGAACAGCGUGGAUGGAAAGAUUCUGCAAACAACUUUCUUCAUUAGUUGUCUGCAGAAUUAUGAUCUGAGCAUCACGAAGAACACGAGUUCAUUCAUUGUAUUCACAA